UUUUGUCAAAUUAUAAAUUAUAAUAUUUCUUUAGAUAUAAUUUUUAUACUCUUACUUCCUAAACAGAAAAGAGAAUUAUUCCAUUAUAACGUAAUUUACAAAUAAUUUAAAACAAUAUUGUUUGUGAAGAUAAGAGUUAUAAGAUUGAUUUAAAAAUUUCGCUGAAGAUGUGCUUGCAUAUGAGAUCUUUCUAAUUUAAGUUCAAUUAUUAAGUACGUGAUCGUUGUUGAAUGUGCGAAAAUCAAUCACUCGUAAUAGUUUGUAAUAAAUAUUUAUACGUCCAAGAAGUAAUUCAAAAGUUCGUUAAGCGAUUAUUGUUAAAGGAUAACAGAUUGAAAUAGAGCGGGGAACAGUGAAUUAUUAAUUGCGUGAAAUGUUCUGUUUACGUUGAAAUAUUUGUAAGACGUCAGGAUGUCAGUUUAAUCAUACGUGGCUAUAUCCAUAUAUCGAUUGUUUCGAUAGGGGUCAGUAGUGAAUAGUCGUGUUUCACCUGCCAGCCUGACGUAUUGUCAUUUCUUCUACUUUCGACUCGCGUUACACACACAUAUACCUUUCGCCGUUUUUUUAUAUAAAAAAAUUUUCCUAUCUUGGACAUGAUUGCAUCGUUGUUUCUUUAAGGAAAGAUUUUAUUAAAACUAAUCAAUUAUCAAUAUGAAGUACCAGCAGAUCUCGGUCGAUUUUAUAAGCAUGGUGUUCACUGCUUGUUCAUACUUGGUUCUUGCCGGAGCUGUCUGGAUAUUCUUGCGGCUCAUUCAGGCGUGCUUCUGGUUACCGCGUCACCUGAAAAGACAAAAUCAUGUCCAACGAAUGCUGCAAGACAAGGUGGAGAACUAUGAAAAAUACAUAUUGGAAUGCGAAAGAAAAGAAAAGAUGGAACAAGAAAUACAAGGCGAGGAUGCCAAGUUAGAUCCUGAGCAAGCAGAAAAGUGGAAGGAACGAAGAGAGUGUCUGGAGAUGUUGAAAAAGGAGUUGAGCAAAAUUCGUGAUGGUGGUGACGAUUCGCAAGACUGGGAUUAUCUUCUGGAGGAAGAUGACGAAAAGAAGGAGGGAGCUAGCAUUACAGAAAUUCGAGAUGAAAUUUCCAAGGAUGGAGAUAAUGAGAAUGUAAACGCAGACACGAGCGUGAUCAAGCAAGUUGUCAAUUCGGAAAACAAAAAGGACAUAUAAUUACGUUUUGUAUUAUCUUCGUAAGAAUGCAACGACAUUCACAGUGAUCGAUCUCGGUAAAUUUUUAAUCUUUUCAAGACGUAAAAAUUGUACAAAGUAAAAUAUUUAAAAUUUGAAGUUUAUUUGAGGAUAUAUUCAAAGAUAUGCAACGAGAUAAGUGUGUGUACGUUUCAGUAUUAUUGUCGUGUGGAAUUUACAAAAUUUUUGACAAUUUUGUUUUGCGAAUACUUUGUUAUUAACAGCAGUUAUUCAACAAUUAAUAUCAUAGUUUCUAAUCUUAAUGCGUUUCAUCCACAUAUUCGCUUACGAGGCACGAGAAUUUAAUGAUUAAUGUUAAGUAUUUGAUUAUACACUUAAUUAUAGUUGCAAAGAUAUGUAUGUGAGUGAAUGCAUUUCAUCGUACGUAUCUAAAACUAAAAUUUAUAUAAAAGAUUAUGUAUUCACACUAAAAUGCAAAAUAAGUGCAUACGUUGAAAACACAGUUCGAAGUUACAUUUAAGUUCAAUAUUUUACAUAUAUUUUACAUAUAAGUGCCUCUUUAAAAAUACAGUAUACUUUGUAUGAUUAUGAUAUCCUAAUAAGAUAAUUUUAAAGAAGUAUCCUUAUAAGAAUAAGGAAGAUAUCUUAAAAGAUGACCAGAAUAAUAUAUACACUUUGAAGAAACAAAAUUAUAUUCUUAAAAACUGAAAUUUAAAAUACCCAACAGGUACGAUUUAUUGAAAUAUCACAUGAAAAGUACGAUUCUGAUAUUUUUGUACUCAAUUUUUAUCAAACGUAAAGUUACCGACUUUAAGCAGAAAAAUAUUUGAACUGAGUAUCAAUAUACAAGCUAUUGUAAGUGUAAUUUUUUAUGCAACUAAUGCACCGUAUUUUUUAAAUACAUGUACAUCAACAAGAUCCUAUCUACUCUUUAGACGUGUUAUACAUCUAUAUAUCUUUGUACUCUGUUUGAAUUAUAAAAGUAAAAACACCGAACAUACUUAAUAUUAACGUCGAGA